AUGCAGCCAAUGGAAAGGAAGAGGCAGGGCUACAUUCAUGAGCUCAUUCAGACAGAAGAAAGGUACAUGGAUGAUCUUCAGCUCGUCUUGGAGGUUUUCCAAAAACCUAUGGCUGAUUCGGGCUGUCUCACAGAAGGAGAAAUGGGUCUGAUCUUUGUGAACUGGAAGGAGCUCAUCAUGUCAAACACCAAAUUACUGAAAGCCUUGCGAGUGCGUAAGAAAACGGGAGGAGAGAAGAUGCCCGUGCAGAUGAUUGGGGACAUCCUGGCAGCAGAGCUCUCUCACAUGCAGGCCUACAUUCGGUUCUGCAGCUGCCAGCUCAACGGAGCUUCCUUGCUGCAGCAGAAAACUGAUGAAGAUCCUGAUUUCAAAGACUAUUUAAAGAAACUUGCCUUGGACCAUCGGUGCAAAGGAAUGCCCCUCUCCAGUUUCCUCCUGAAACCUAUGCAGAGGAUCACACGCUACCCUCUGCUCAUAAAGAGUAUUCUGGAGAACACUGCAGAAAGCCACCCCGACCACAGCAGCCUGCGGCUGGCCCUGGAGCGUGCGGAGGAGCUCUGCUCCCAGGUCAACGAGGGCGUGCGCCAGAAGGAGAACUCGGACAGGCUGGAGUGGAUACAGGCCCACGUCCAGUGUGAGGGUCUUGCUGAGCAACCUGUGUUCAACUCCCUCACGAACUGCUUGGGACCACGGAAACUCCUGCACAGUGGCAAGCUGUACAAGGCCAAGAGCAAUAAGGAGCUGUAUGGCUUCCUUUUCAAUGACUUCCUCCUGCUCACCUACAUGGUGAAACAGUUUGUGUCUUCUGGCUCCGAUAAACUGUUCAGCCCCAAAUCCAACUCCCAGUUCAAAAUGUACAAGAUGCCUAUUUUCCUUAAUGAAGUCCUAGUGAAAUUGCCCACAGACCCUUCCAGUGAUGAGCCAGUGUUCCACAUAUCACACAUUGACAGAGUUUACACCCUUAGAACUGACAACAUUAACGAGCGUACUGCCUGGGUCCAGAAGAUCAAAGCAGCAUCAGAGCAAUACAUCGAAACUGAGAAGAAGAAACGUGAAAAGGCUUAUCAAGCUCGCUCACAGAAAACCUCAGGAAUAGGACGUUUGAUGGUGCACGUCAUAGAAGCAACAGAACUGAAGGCCUGUAAGCCCAAUGGGAAGAGCAACCCUUACUGUGAAAUCAGCAUGGGCUCUCAGAGCUACACCACGAGGACUCUGCAGGACACCUUGAACCCCAAGUGGAACUUCAACUGCCAGUUCUUCAUUAAGGACCUGUAUCAGGAUGUCUUGUGUAUCACCAUGUUUGACAGGGAUCAGUUCUCACCCGAUG